UCUGGAUUCGCUGGAUUUAUCAUCGAUUCUCCUGCUGCACUCUCCAGCCUCCGAAAGCAUCCAUGCUGAGCCCGUCGAACGCCCAAGACGUCGACACGCAGAGCGCCGUCGCUGGAGACGAGCCCGCAACCACCGUGGCAAACUCGACCAUCAAGAUCUAUGCCCGUGUUCGCCCGCUCCGCACAACCAAUGCCAAGCUCCGGGUAACCCCUGGCCGAUACUGGAUCGAGGCGCCGAUCCGAGAGUCGAUGCACGACACCACCAGCUUUCCUGUCGUGGGAUUCCGGAUGCCAAGGGACGAGACUCAGGGCCUCGUCAACAACCAGCGAGAGUCGUUCGAGUUCAAGUUUGACCACAUUUUCAACGUCGACACGAACCAAGAAGAAGUGUUUGACCUCGUCGCCAAAGAUGUUGUGUUGAGUGCGCUCGAAGGCUACAAUGGAACCAUAUUUGCCUAUGGCCAGACGGGCUCUGGGAAGACAUUUACGAUCACCGGCGGUGCCGAAAAGUAUGCAGACCGUGGCCUCAUUCCACGAUCACUGCAGUUCAUAUUCAGCGAGAUCAAGAAGCGAACCGAUUGCCACUAUGAGGUCAGCAUAUCAUAUCUUGAAAUCUACAACGAGUCAGGAUACGAUCUGCUCGACAGCUCAAGAGAUGCCAAAAAACUGGAGGACUUGCCGAAGGUGGCCCUGCGCGAGGAUUCGGAUCAAAACAUCCACAUCGGAAAUCUUUCUGCACAGCCGGCCAUUAACGAAGAGGAGGCCCUCAACCUUUUGUUUAUUGGGGACACCAACCGAAUGAUUGCCGAGACACCCUCGAAUCCGGCUUCGUCCAGAAGUCACUGCAUCUUUAUUAUAUCGCUCGUGAGCAAGAAAGAGGGUGGCGACCGGAUUCGCCGCAGCAAAUUGCAUCUAGUGGAUUUAGCCGGCUCCGAGCGCACCUCUAGAACCGGCAUCAACGGCACGCUGCUCAAAGAAGCGACAUACAUCAACCUGUCUUUACAUUUUCUGGAGCAAGUAAUCAUUGCCCUUCACGAGAAGUCCCAGGGACGACGAGUCCAUGUGCCCUAUCGCAACUCGAUGAUGACCAGCGUCCUUCGAGACUCGCUGGGAGGCAACUGCAAAACAACGAUGAUUGCCACCCUGGCUGUCGAGGACCAGCUGAUUGAUGAAUCCAUAUCCACGUGCAGAUUUGCCCAGCGAGUCGCACUGAUCUCGAACAAGGCCACCCUAAACGAGGAGAUCGACCCUCAACUCGUGAUUGUCCGGCUCAAGAAAGAGAUUGUCCGGCUGCGGGCCGAGCUCGCCUUGGCCCGCGGCGAGAGCAGCGAUAUGGACGGAGACUUGCCUGAUUACGAAAAGGAGAGAAUCAAACAAGCGGUGCGAGACUACCUCGGCGACCCUACCGGCGAGAGCCUGAACAAUCUGUUCUUUGGCGACUACCGCAAAAUAUCAUACGCCUUUUCUGCGUUCAAGGAACUGGGCCAGAGCGCAGCCCCUGCUUCUAAAGUGACCGGGCGAAUUAAGGAUGAUGCCGAUAGCGUCUCAACCCGAGUAGAAACGGCCCCAGCUCCGGCUUCGGCUUUGGGCUCGGUUAGCAGCGCCGAGCUUGAUCGCUUGAGAGGCUUGGUGAGCCACCGCGACAACGAAAUUAAUAUCCUGGUUGGAAUGCUGAGCAAAUAUAAGGAGCAGCUCGCAGCCCGAUCUUCUGAUCACAGCCUUCCGCAAGCUGGGCAGGCGUCUACCGGCAGGGACUCUGAAACAUCGCAGUCCAGUCAGUUGGAUGCUAUCCACCCUUGGGAUAGAUUUGCUGCAAAUCCAAAUGGCAGAGACUCAAAGUACGGCACGCAACCGGAUACGGCCCAGGCGCACAAUCAAUUUGGAAGCCACUCUGCUGUCCAUCAUCCAUCUCCGCAGCCAGUGUCGAUCCCACGCGCACCACUCGACUCUUCCAAGUCCGAGGAUAAAGGUGCUGCACGGAAAGCUGCCGAAAGUAUGAUAUCGACAGAAAAAGCCAAGGCGUUUGAGAUAUUUAAAAGCGGCUAUCCGUCAAGCGGCUGGAUCGAUGGCCAGAAGGCCAUUCUGAAGGAAAAGUACUCGCUGGCCAAGGCUCUAGGCGAGCAAGCUCACGACCUACGAUCCAAAAUCAAAAAUAUGAAGAGCUCCCUAGACGCUGCUGGCGACGAGACCGGGAACAACAACGACGCUGUCAAAGCCGCUAUUGGUGACCACGUCCAGCGAUACAAGAAAGCAUAUCAGCAGCUCAAAGAUCUCAAGAUUGAGAUUGAGCAUCUCCACCAUUUGCUCGAGCAAGCGCGGCACCGGUUGACCCGCGAUUUCGAGCAUUGUCGCACCGCAGACGAAGAGACGCUCGUGACAUCACAUGCACGACGCCACGAUCCGGUCGCACCCAAGGGCGAGUCUGGAAGCCCGGCUGUACCAAAGUGGCAGUCAGACUCGUCAAUCUACUCGGCGCGAUCGUAUCUCGAUCAACCUCGCUCAGCCGUGGCGGCGGAUGUGGGUCAGACCAUAGGCUCCUCGACAGACUACCAUGUCAAGUCCGAAGUUGAUGCCUUUUAUCAGGCGCGUGAAAAGACCCUUCGAUCGCUGUCGAGGACCAACAACUCUUCAUGA